UUCUGUUGAGUUAUAUGUUUUCUAGAAAAAGGGUUGCAUUUUUAACAUUUAUCAUUACUUCAGUGCAAAUAUGAUGACUGUUUUUCUGGCUCUGCUUCUGACUGAUAGGAUAAGUCUUAGUGGUGUGGUUGGUGGUGCAUGUGGGCACCUUUAUCUUUAUGUAAUAGCUAUCUUAUCUCUAAGCUACCUGCCCUCUAUGGUUGGACAUCUAUAUAUGUACCCAAACUGCUAUGUUAUUGUUAGAGUUAAUAGAAAGAAUUCAGUUUGGGCCAACACUGACUUGCCUUCAUUGAUUUAGUUAUAUUCGUUUGCCACUUUUUACAGGCUGAGAAGGUAUUCCACCAUGAUUUGUCAGCAAGUGAACUGUGAAACAUGUGGGAGAACCCAUGACCCAGUUGGAGUCUAUUGCUUAUCAAAUUCAGCCUUUGUUUAAUCUACAUGGGAAACUCUUUCUGUCUAUUAAUGUUUUAUCACCGUCACAAAUUUGUCAUGAAACACGGAUUUUUUAGUCUAUGGAUUAAGUGCUUUCUAGGUGUGACUGUGCGGGCUGCUAUCAAAGUUAACACAUCUGUGAUCAUUUGCUUCACCACUUCUGGGCGGGCUGCAAGGCUCACCGCUAAGUAUAGGCCCAGCAUGCUUGUUCUUUCUGUUGCCAUUCCUCAUCUAAAGACAAACCAACUGAAGUGGAGUUUCACUGGUGCUUUUGAGGCAAGACAAUCACUCAUUGUUUUCCUGAUGCUUGUUGAUCCACGGCAUCCAGCUGAGUCUACCAGCGCUGCAAAUGAGUCAGUUCUGAAGGUUUAUCUUGACCACGGCAAAGCCUCUGGUGUGAUGAAUUUCCAUGAUUGUGUCGUUGUUCGGCAGAUAGCAGGAGAGUCAUUGGUUGUGAAGAUCUUGAGCUGGAUGACUGGACACGUCUACUAGGGCAUUGUUUUGCCGAUUUUUGUCUAGGGUGAAACUUAGUGGCCUUUGCAAAAUAAGGAGUUUUUCCUAUGAUGCCAUCCCAGGAUUUUGCUUAGCAAUGUAAAACUCCUACGAUGUAUGUUGAAGUUUUCAAAUUAUACAACAUUACAACCUAAAUGUGCUCCAUCAAACUGUAGAUCCCUUGCUAUUGUUUGACCAGAGCCUGUUUUUCAUUCAUCUAUUCA